GAUUGAACAAAUCUGGAAAAAAAAAGAAGAACAAAAAAAAAAAAGAGGGGCUUGAGCGAGGCGAGGGAGAUCUCUAGGACAUCGACGAAGAUACUCCGUCUCGAUUUGAAGGGCAUUUGUUCCUUCUGUCUAUUUUGAUCGGCACAGGCCGCCGCCUUCUUGUCUAUUGAUCUUCUCUUCUCAGUUGGCGCAUCGGUUUUGUUCGAAGUUGUGAAGAAUAUUUUUCUCGAUGGUAAUGAGGACGCAACGCUCGGCAGCCGCGGCGAUCCUUCCGCUUCUCUUCUUCCACCUAUUUGUUUCCUUCUACUGUCUUAUUGCUUCAGCGCAAGAAAACAAACCAAGCGAUGCCAUUGACUUGUCAAAAAGAGCCUCUGAAAUGAUAAAGCUGAAACGAUAUAAUGAUGCAAUUGCACUUCUAAAUUCUGCAAUAAGAGUAGAUCCAGAUCAUUCAGAUGCCUAUCAACUUCGUGCUACAUCUUUCCGUCAAAUUUGCAAGUUUGAGGAGUCUGAAAAAGACUAUAAAAGAUUUCUGGAGCUAAAGCCUAAGUCUCCUUCAGUUGAGAAGGAGCUUUCUCAGACAUUGCAGGCACAUGAUGCAUUAAAUUCUGCAUACAAUCAUUUUGAGUCUGGUGACUAUCCAAAAGCUAUGGAUUACAUCAAUAAAAUUGUGCUUGUCUAUUCAUCAGGGUGUUUGGAGGCAAAAAUUCUCAAGUUGAAAUUAAUGCUCGCUCUGAAAGACUACUCUAGUGUUAUUUCAGAGGCUGGUUACAUACUUAAAGAAGAUGAAGAUAACUUGGAGGCACUUUUGCUACGGGGCCGUGCAUAUUAUUAUCUCUCUGAUCAUGAUGUUGCAUCAAGGCAUUAUCAAAAAGGACUUCGUCUAGAUCCAGAGCAUAGUGAACUGAAGAAAGCUUAUUUUGGUAUGAAACAGUUGCUAAAGAAGACAAAGAGUGCAGAAGACAAUGCUGCCAGGGGUAAGCUACGUGUGGCUGCUGAAGAUUUCAAGGCUGCCCUUGCAUUAGACCCUAGUCAUACUUCACAUAAUGUGCAUCUUCACCUUGGUUUGUGUAAGGUUUUGGUUAAACUUGGAAGAGGAAAGGAUGCUAUCAGUAGUUGCACAGAAGCACUAAACAUUGAUGAAGAGCUUGUUGAAGCUUUGGUCCAGAGAGGAGAAGCAAAACUUCUAACAGAAGACUGGGAAGGAGCAGUACAAGAUUUAAAAAUAGCAGCUGAAAAGUCUCCCCAGGACACGAUCAUCCGUGAAGUAUUGAUGAGAGCUGAAAAAUCACUAAAAUUAAGCCAACGUAAGGACUGGUACAAGAUUCUCGGUGUUUCAAAAACUGCACAUGUUGCAGAGAUAAAGCGUGCAUACAAGAAGCUUGCUUUACAGUGGCAUCCAGAUAAGAAUGUUGAUAACAGAGAGGAAGCUGAGGCCAAGUUUCGAGAAAUUGCUGCCGCCUAUGAGGUACUGGGUGAUGAAGAUAAGCGUGUAAGAUACGACAGAGGUGAGGAUCUUGAUGAGGGUAUGGGGAUGGGUGGUGGAGGUUUCAAUCCUUUUGGUGGCCAUGGCCAACAGUAUACUUUUCACUUCGAUGGUGGCAAUCCCGGCGGUGGUGGAUUCCCUGGCGGUUUUCAGUUCAACUUUUGAGUAUUUUUAAGUUAUUGUUCUUGAAUCCUCAUGGCAUGGUUGAUGCUUACCAAUCUCACAGUGUCAUAGAAACAUGGAACUUUUGCAAACGAAAAGGUAAACGCAGGCAUCAAUUUUUUGAGUUGACUACUGACUCCAGAGUAGUCAUCAGAGUGGUGGUCAGGAUGAAUGAGAUGAGUCGAGCAAUAUAUCGAGAAUAUGUUGUAUCAAUUCUUUAUCCAUGGAAUUUGUUCUUAGCAGUUCUUUUUUUGAACAUUUUUCUAGAUUUAAUGAAUAUUGUCUCCCAAUAUAAAUUUAUACAAUCUUGCAUUUGUGA